AUGAAAUUCACAGGAAUUGUUUUUGUAUUUUGCAGUGCAAGCAUAAGGCCACAUACGGAGGAGUUGCAAAUUGCUAAUUUUGGCAGGGUGAAGCGAUACGGAGGAUACGGUGGGUACGGUGGAUAUGGUGGCGGAUACGGCGGUUACGGGGGUUACGGUAGAGGCGGCUACGGAGGUUACGGGGGUUACGGUAGAGGCGGCUACGGAGGUUACGGAGGUUACGGCAGAGGCGGAUACGGAGGUUACGGAGGUUACGGUAGAGGCGGGUACGGAGGUUACGGGGGUUACGGUAGAGGCGGCUACGGUGGCUAUGGGGGAUACGGUGGUGGCUCUGAAGUUGUGAGCGUUGGAGGUGGUACGAACAACAACUACGGUGGUACGAAUAUUGGCAGUAUUAAUACGGAAAAUUAUGACAUUAACAUCUAA